GCACCGACCUCCCUCUUUAAAGCCUGCGAUCUUUCGGGAUAGAUCAGAUCAAGAAACGCAUCGAACCAUUUGAUCUAUUCAGAUCCAUUCUCAGACUUCGACCGUCGUAUCCAUCAUGUCGAAGGCCACAGACCUUGAAAGUCCUCCCUCCGUGGAGGUUGAAAAUUCUGAUCUGGAGCCAACCAAGACCGUCCAGAUCGAUGCCACGGAGCAAAAGCUCAACAUCACGAAGCGCAUCCAUACGCUCGGCAGUGUUCGCCAUCGCCACGAACACACCGGCGAGAUCAUUCUCAUCCCAACGCCGUCAAAAGACCCCAAUGAUCCGUUGAAUUGGUCUCGAAGGAAGAAAUACUACUCCGCCUUCAUCAUCUGCCUCGCGAUGAUGAUCUGCAAUUUCCUCGCCGCAGGCCCAACCAUUGCCAUUGUUGAAACAGCCAUGGAGUUCUUUCCGAGUUCCAAGCUGAACCCCAGCGGUCUUGGGCCUGCGAUCAACAAGACGGCUUACUUUUUCACGACUACGGCUCUCAUGCAGGGCACUGGGAACUUGAUCUGGAUGCCCCUCGUCAAUAAGUAUGGACGACGGCCGAUCUAUAUUAUUAGUUAUACUAUUUAUCUUGCUUGUGCUAUUUGGGCUUCUGUCACGACCGGCUACGGGAGUUUUUUGGCUUCGAGAAUCCUCAUGGGGUUUGGCUCUGGCGCCGCUGAGACGAUGGCUCCUCUUUCUAUUGCGGAUAUAUUCUUCUUGCACGAGAGAGGUUUGGUGAUGGCUAUGUACACCUGUGCCCUCGUCUCGGGUGUGUCGGGUGGAAUCAUUAUUGCUGGUUUAAUCACGAUCAACCAUCCAUGGCGAGUGAUCUACGACGUAGCAAUCGCCCUCAUCGCCCUCACCCUCAUCCUCGCCUUCUUCACCUUUCCCGAAACCGUCUUCAUCCGCCCCAUCGAAAUCGAUGUAGAUCACGAACCAACCCUAACCGAAAAAUGCGACGGCCCCACCGCUGGGCUGAGUGAGUCUUCCACCUCCUCCAUCCCACCCAAGAAAACCUAUCUCCAAAGCCUCAAGCUCUUUUCCGGCACUUACACGGAAGAGACCUUCUGGCGGCUGGUCGUCCGUCCCUUCGCACUCAUUCUCCUUCCCCCGGUUUUGUGGUGCUCUUUAGUCCAGUCUGUGACAAUCGGCUUCAUCGUCGCCGUCACCUCAAACGUAGCCUCCGCCUACGCAACAGCCUACAACAUGAAGCCCUACGAGACCGGUCUCUGCUUCAUCGCCGCCCUCAUCGGGGCUCUAGUCGGCAUCUUCUGCGGCGGAUACCUGGGCGACCGCACCGCCGAUUUCUUCACCAAGCGGAACGGCGGCAUCAGAGAACCCGAGAUGCGAUUGCCGGCCAUGAUGUUUAGUCUCAUCUCCACCCCGCUGAGUUUGAUAUUGUACGGCGUCGGCAUUCAGAAUAAGUUGCAUUGGAUGUGCCCCACUGUUGGUUUGGCUCUUUUGAAUUUUAGUAUCGUGCAGGGUACGAAUGUUGCUUUGGUCUACACCAUCGAUUCAUACCGCCCAAUCGCCGGAGAGGUUACGUUGACGACUAUGGCCUUUAAGUCGGCUUUCGGCUUCCUGCUUUCGUUCUACACCAACCCGUGGAUCGAACAGAGUGGAUAUGUCAAUGCCUACGGUGCAAUGGCCGGAAUCUCAGCUGCAGUCUUGAUCUUCUGGGUCCCGCUGUAUAUCUGGGGCAAGAGGAUCAGGCACGCGACGUGGAAUUGGGGCGUCACCAGCUACGUGCAUUGGGACGAGGAUCGCGAGGUCGGAGAAUAAAAAAAAAUGGGGAUCCCACUCCUUGCUCCCUGCAAAGUUAAGCUUUCUGGGGAUUCGGGAUUCGGGGAAAUAGGUUCUCGGUACUCAUAACUCAGCGACACAUCUGCAAUGCAGCCACAAACACCUCACUCGUCCGCGGAUCACGC